AAAAAAGCACUGAAACAUCAAAAUCUAAUGCAAUAACCGUCAUUGUAAUGGAAGGAUCCACCAAUCUCAAUUCAGAUACUGAGAAAAAAUCUUCAUUCCCCCUCCGAAAAUAAGCAUUACAAUUUUCGAAUGUGAUUCGUUUUACGGAGAGCAACCAUACUGCAAAUUCAGGCUAUAAUUGUUUCACAAAGGAAAACCCCUACCAGUUUUCAUUUCUGGGAACACUGCCAAACGCCAGACGGAAAGGUGAAUACACUCUGCAUUUCAUCAGCUCUCGUGCGCGUCGUCAUCGUUGUUGUCCCGAAGCAUGUCGCAAACGCAGUCAUCAUUACCGUCAUCAUCGUCAUCAUCACAGUCACCACCGUCAUCGCCAUCAUUCAACAGUCGUGGUCGUCGUCGUUAGUCAUUUGUCUGACUGGAUGUCGACAACGCUGGAGCACACACAACCUAGCGCAGUUCGCCGUGUUGGUAGUCUCAAGUGACAGUUCCCGAUUUCGCCUGUCAGUCAGAGGUACAGCGAGCUACACUCUGAUGUUUCGAGGUUUCGGUAUGCGAGUGGCAGUAUAUGUUUGAUGUACUGGCACUGGCCGACAGUGUGCGUGUGUUUUGACAGCGCGCUUGCUUCGCAUAGCAGAAUUUUGGUGUCAGUCGCUCUCGCUGUAUGGGUGUUUACAGUUGUGAGUGAGCGCAUUUCCAUCGAACUCCAAGAAAUUUUUAUUUUUCAAUGCUUCGGCUGGUAUACAUUGGAUAUUCCACGACGGUAUAGCGAAUGGAAACGGUGAAUACUUUUCUGCGUCCUCCUUGCUUGCGGUUUUUCCACUUGCGGACGAAUCUCAUACUCCGCACGGGCGCGUUCGGGUGUUUGACUGAUGGUUUUUAAUUGCAUUAUUUGAUUAAGGAGCGAAAAGUUUAGCUGUUCGUAUACGCUUGAGUUUUUUUUCUUCUAGCAAGUCAUUUCAUUUAUUACAAUGUGGCGUGAAAACAAAAGUUGGUAAAGGAUCUUGCGUCAGUGUUCGAAAAAAAUAAAGGAAAAAAAAUAACUCGAUGAAUCUAUGACAGAUGCAAAGAUUACCGAAAGUCGAAGCAGUAAAGUGAUCAAUCGAAAUAAUGCAGUUCUAGAAAUUUAGAAGUUUCCGUGAUGAAAUGAUUGCGUGCACGGAAAAGGUGAAACGAAAAUAAUCGUGAGCGAAGAGGGAUAGGAAGUAAAUCUGCAAUUGUGCAAAUUGCGAAUUGUUCCAGAUAACAGUACGAUUUUGGGAUUACCAUUUUGGAUUACAUUGCAACUGGCAAAGUGACGGCGUUGCACGCGAAAAUUAAAAAAAAUAUAACGUGAUCCACAAUCAAAAGCAAACAAACAGGACAUUCGGUCGACUGUUCCCAUACUGGUCGAAUGAGUUACGCCUCUGCUGUCCAGUGCAUCAUCAUCCCAGUGCAGCACAUACGUAGUACGCGACGAAACAAGGAGUUUGUUGCUUGACAAAGACCAACCAGUAACUGAUCCCUGCGCAAAUAAAUGAAAUAACAAAAAUAAAACAACAUAGCAACAAAGCGAAAACAAACAUCCAGUCAAGCAGAGUUCGAGCGGAAAUGCGGAUUUGUUCGUGAAACUCGCCAGAUCAGUGCCAGCGCUAGAGCAGGAAACAGCAGAACUUGUUGAAGACUGGCAGUAGUUUUGCACGACGACGACGCCGCCGCCACCGUACAGUGCGGUUAUUCAGUGCACAGACAAGGCGUCAGCGUCCCGCCUGGUUGUCGUGAAUAAAGAAAACGUGCAGCUGGAAAAAUAGUUUGCGUGACUAAUCGUGAAGAUUUCCUUUGUCAUCGGCACCACCGGUCGGGUUUUUUGCCCCAUCUGCGUUGGCAGGAGCCUAGAAGAAGAAGUGAGGAAAAGUUGCAAGAAAAAAAAAAUAAAAGAAAAGAAGAAAAUCGAAGAAGAAGAAAGAGAGGAAGCAACAAACGUGUGAGGUUGGUUGCGUAGGUGGAGGAAUCAGAUUGGUGGAAAAUGGUUUUAAUGGGUUCUGCUGGUCGCGAAGUGCAGUGAGUGUUGUGUUCCGUUCGUAGGUUUAUGCGAAUGUGCUAUUGAAUGUGCAAUUUUAUAGUCAGUAUAAUAUAUCGUUUAGUGUCACAAGCAACGUCGAGGCAGUGUUGAAAAUAAAAAAAAAUAAAAAGAGGCAGCUUUCGUAGGCGAUUGGGUCGAAUAUAAGGCUUCAAUGGAGUUCGUUGGUGCAAGUUGUGUGUGAGUUGGUGAAGUCGGAAAAAUUGUAUAAAUUGUACCAAUCAAUUGUAAAUUUGGUCAUCAAGCGCAUACAAGUAUUUACAUAGGAAGCCGGAAAAUCAGUGCCGUUUGAUUAGUCCGGUCUGAAGGAUUUGCUAGAUUGGCGGGGUGGGCUGGAAAAGCUCAUUCCUGGAGGCGGCCUUCCAUAGUUGUAAUCAAUUAUAUUGAACGCGGGUGAAUGUGUUUACCGGGGGCAUGAUAGUCCCCCCUCAUCUGGCCGCAACACUCAACAACAGUGGUGGGGGGUCCGGUGGCAACAAUAACAGUACUGGUAAUAGCAGCGGUAGUAGCAACAACAGUGGUUUGGUUGCGACAGGGGCAGGAGGAGCCGUUGGUUUGGGAAGCCACCUUGGAGUUGAAGUGGUUGGUAGGACCAACUCAUCAGCCGUAUCGUCGCUAGUGGUAAGCGGCAGCCAGGAUAGUCUGAGUGGUUUUGUUUUAACCGGUGGUGGUGGAAGCGGAGGAGGAGGAGGAGGAGGAGGAGGAGGAAACGGUAACGGUAGCAGUAGUAGCGGUAGCGGCUCUAGCCGCACCGGUUCCAGCAACGGUAGCGGCAACCGUAUACUUGCCGUCAAUCGCAACAUUGACGAUUUACUUUUUGGCAGUGAUUUGGACUCGUUGAUCCAUGACAAUAUCAUAAAUGGAUUCAAAUCUUUGAAAGUGGCGAACGUGCAUUCGCAGGAUAGCGUGGAUUAUCAUCAUCUUCAUCAACAUCAACAACAGCUGCAGCAGCAACAGCAGCAGCAGCAGCAACAGCAACCACCUCAUCAUCGCCCAUUUUAUCAUCAGUAUCACACUCGUCACCUGAACUGGUUGCCAGUAUCAUUACAUCAUAAUCAACCUCAUCACCAUCACCUGCAGCAACAGCAGCAACAAGUGAACCACUGGAUUGAAUCGGAUAUCAUAGCAAGCAGCAAGAUGCUGACGGACAAGGCGAAACAGAAAUCAGCACAAUAUGCAUCCGGAAAUGUUCCUGACUCAACGCGACAAAGGCACCAUGCGCCGCUUUACGGAAGACUGGUUACAGAAGAACACUUACCUGCCGUACAUCGUGAUAUACAUCAGCGUGCGAUUAGUCCCACGUCAUCGACAGACAUUCGGGCGAUGCAAGCCCGAAUACCAUCGCAUUUUCGGGAUCCAGCGACGGCGCCACUGCGGAAGCUGAGCGUGGAUCUAAUCAAAACCUACAAACACAUCAAUGAGGUUUACUAUGCCAAAAAGAAACGAAGAGCUCAACAGACCCAGGGUGAGGAUACGUCACAUAAAAAGGAACGAAAGCUGUACAACGACGGUUACGACGACGAGAAUCACGACUACAUCAUCAAAAAUGGAGAGAAGUUUCUCGAUCGCUACGAAAUCGAUUCGCUCAUCGGCAAGGGCAGCUUCGGUCAGGUGGUGAAAGCGUACGACCACGAGGAGGAAUGCCAGGUGGCGAUCAAAAUUAUCAAAAACAAAAGACCCUUCCUAAGCCAAGCACAAAUCGAGGUGAACCUGCUGGAAAUGAUGAACCGGGCGGAUGCGGAAAACAAGUACUAUAUUGUUAAGCUGAAGCGACAUUUCAUGUGGCGGAACCAUCUGUGUUUAGUAUUCGAGCUGUUAUCCUAUAAUUUGUACGACUUACUGCGCAAUACGAACUUCCGUGGCGUUUCGCUGAAUCUGACGCGAAAGUUUGCUCAGCAGCUGUGUACGGCGUUGUUAUUUUUAAGUUCACAAGAAUUAAAUAUCAUACACUGUGAUUUAAAACCAGAAAAUAUAUUACUAUGUAACCCUAAACGGUCAGCAAUUAAGAUAGUAGAUUUUGGUAGUUCAUGUCAACUAGGGCAAAGGAUAUAUCAGUACAUACAAUCACGCUUCUACCGUUCGCCCGAGGUUCUGCUAGGGAUACCGUACGACUUAGCAAUAGAUAUGUGGUCGCUCGGCUGCAUACUGGUGGAGAUGCAUACCGGUGAGCCCCUGUUUUCGGGCUCGAACGAAGCAGACCAAAUAAACAAGAUCGUCGAAGUGCUGGGAAUGCCCCCGAAGCACAUCCUCGAUCAGGCGCACAAAACUCGCAAGUUCUUCGAGAAGCACCCGGACGGCACCUACGUGCUGCGGAAGACCCAGAACCAGCGCAAGUACAAGGCGUCCGGUUCGCGGAAACUGCACGACAUACUGGGAGUGGAAACCGGUGGCCCCGGUGGCCGAAGGCACGGCGAACCGGGCCACAGCGUGUCGGACUACCUGAAAUUCAAGGACCUGAUACUGAGGAUGCUGGACUACGAUCCGAAGACGCGCUGCACACCGUACUAUGCCUUGCAACACAACUUCUUCAAGCGAACAUCGGACGAGAGUACCAACACGGCGAACACGAUCAGCUCACUCAGUACGAGUCCGUCGGUUAGCACACAGGACCCAAGCAGUCACGGUCUACCAUCGUUGCAACACCAACCUCAGUCAGUGCACCAGCAACAACAACAACAACAACUACAGCAACUACCAUCACAACAGCAACAGCAGCAACAACAACAACAACAACAACAACAGCAGCAGCAACAGUCACAGCAUCAACCCCCGACUCAGUCACAAUCGGCGAGUAUGCUGUUACUCUCGCAGGCGGCAGCCGCCGUCGGUUUAGGUGGUACCACUGGAACCGGUAGUACGGUUUCCGGCAUCAAUAGUAUCAACAGCAACAAUAGCACCAAUAGUAACAGCAAUCCCGUUGCAAACCCGCUAGCAAUGGAUUGUGAUCCACCGGUGGUGGUUGUUCAGCCGCACUCGGUCCUAGCAACUGCCUCCGCGAAUCCGAACCACUACCACAGGAAUCGUUAUCUUCAGCAGCAGCAACAGCAGCACCAAUUACUAGGUCACAAGAGUUACGCCCCUGCUUCACUGCCAAUCGAUUUGGGGGGCCUUACGCAUGGUGGCCAAGCGAUUGAUUCGUCUAUGGCUGCGGCAGCCGCUCUCAUGUCAGGUAGUUUUAGCAACCAUCCGACGGGGGGAACCAGCAGCAGUAGUAGCGGUAGCGGUGGCAACAACGGAAGCAGUAGGAGUUUACUGUCGCACAGUGCAACUUAUGCGCCGUUUUCGAUGAACGAUGCGGCCCUCCUGAUGGGUCACACCGGUGGGACAGGAGUUGUUGGCCAAGGAGUUUUGGGACUCGUGCCCAUUGUUGGAGUUGGGCCGAUGUGUAACAGUUCCAGCAAUAGUGUUAUCUCCGGGCCCAAUUCACUCGUUGUCGGUGCUGGUGGUGUGGGUGUCGUCGGCAGUGGCACCGGUGGCAAUGGUGGCGGUGGCGGUGCCAGCAGUAGUAGUAGUAGUACUAGCUCAAAAGGCCUCGGACGGACGGCAGCGACCGCCGCCGUGGCGAACAACGACCGGGACGAAUCACCCAUGGUUGGGGUUUGUGUUCAGCCCAGUCCGGUCAUAAUCCACUGACAGUUGUGGCCGGGUGGGGACAGAGUAGGUCUAUGAAAAAAAAAAAAACGAAAAACAAAAUCAAUGGAUGAGAACGACGCGCGUUCAGUGCAAAGUUCACGAAUAGAGUGACCGGAUAGGGACGAGAGAGAGAGAGAGAGAAAAAAAACCCCGACAGGGCAAAUGAGAGUUGACGACUUUGGCUUUACUAUUAUCGUAGUACUAGUAGGAAAUCUCCAAUUUUUGACGCUUCGUGGUGUCAGGUUUAAGGUAACGAAAAACAAAUGCAAACUUAUGUUUUAUGUGAUUUGUACAUAGGAAAAAUUUUCGGACAAUUAUGCAAAGUGUUUCAUGAGCGGAAAACCAUUUACCGAUUGUGCAGUGGUAGUAGUAGUACUUACUCGGAAAGUAAUAUAUAAUCAUUGAGAAUAUUCAGUAUCAGUUUUCAGACGUGCAUUACCGAUCAGUGCAGAUAAAAAUAAAAACGCAUCUUUGUAAUUUUGAUUUCAGUGUCUUCUGCUGUAGUAUGCUAUGCAAUUUUCCGAAAUGGACAGAUUUUGCUGACAAUGUAGGUCAUACUAUUGUAUGAAUUUUUUUUUACAAUAUAUUGGCGUUUGCUAGCUAUUCAUAGUUGCAUGAACAGUGCCACGGAAAGUCAUUAAAUUUUAGUGAAGGCUCACGGUGAACAUGUUCUCGCUGAGUAAACAUGCAAAAAGUGGUAUGCUUGGUUAAACAAUGGGCUUUUUGACUUGGAAGACAAGAAACGUCCCUGACGAUAGAAAAAAAGUGCGUUUGGUGGGAUCCACUGGGCGUUCUUUGUUAUACUUUACUUACCUCUACUCUUUUCGACGUAGACCACGUGGGUCUCUGCUUUAUACAGGAGACGUCUCCAUUCAACUAGAUACCUGGCUGUUCGCCGCCAGCCUCGGUAGCUGCCAAGGGUCCGCUGGUCGUCCUUAACUUGAUCGAUCCAUCUUGCCCGUUCUUAUACCUGUGCGUUUUUUAUUAUGAGCUGCUUCAAACGGGUAAAAUCAUCACUGGUGGCGUAUAUAGACCAUUGUGAGAAAAACCGACCGCAAUAUAAAGAUCAUCACCACAAGUGACAAUGCUAGACCCUACGCUUCGAAAGUCAUGAAAAUAUGUUUGGAAACGUUAAAAUGGGAAGUUCUGCCGUAACCGCUAUAUUUAUCGAACAUCGCCCUAUCUGAUUACACUUUGUUUCGAUUGGUGGCGAAUGGCUCGUCGGUGUAGUGCUUCGGAAACUACGAAAUUAUCAUAAAUUAGAUCGAUUCGUUUAUCGAAUCUAAACAGGAAGAUUUUAUUCAACUAGGUUUUAGACAGCUUUAUUUGAAAGAUAAUUCAAUUAACGUUACUAAAAUGAUAUAAUAAUGAACAACGUGGCGAAAUAAUUUUAUCUUUUGGUUGAAAUCUGACACUUGAGUGGUUAUUUUGUGUCGAGUAGUUAAAUUUAACUAAAACUGCGGCCCAUUUCAAAGUUUGAUGGAUGGAAUGUUAUUUGGGUUUAUUUUGCACUGGAAAUAAUUUUGACUAAAGAAUUUUCUUUGCAAGAUUUUUUUCAUUGUCGAAAAAUAACCAUCGAUCUGUCAACAAUGACCAUGCUUUCGAGCAGGGUUAUUUUUGACAACAUCAAAAGAACCACUCCAAUGCCAGAUUUCAACCAAAAGUUAAAAUGAACCACGAAAUGGUUUACAGCCUUAGCAAAUUUUUUCGGCAAUGAAACACUAUUACAUCUAUUAUUAUGUAAUUAACUGUUAAAGGUAAAGUUAAAGCUAUACCUUAUUUUAACAUGCUUUAACUUGUGAAUUUUAGAGAAUUACGACGCUCCCUUUAUGUGCAUCUAUAAAGACGUAAAUUUACACGAUUUUCUCCAAGUGUGUACUGACACUAAGAAAGGCUUGCAAGACCAGUGCCCUAUGCAUUGAACUGUCAACCGCACGGUUAUCGAUCGAGGAAGUUUCUUGUUAUUGGCAGAUGAUAGUUCCGCUUGAUCCCAUGCAAUUUCCUCGGCUGAAGUAUAUUGCCAAGUCGCUCACGGUUCAAAAAAACGCUUAAUUACGAUGUCCCGAUACUGUUUCAUCACGCGUAACAGGCAAACAACAACUGAUAGAAUGUCAACACCACGCAAUGAUAAAAUAAACAGAUGAGGCAGACCUCAUGGCUUGCUUGAGUUGGUAAUUUGCUUGAAGGGUAACGGUUCGGUAUCGCGACAUUUAUUCAGAAUAAACAUGCCUCGAUCAAUGGCAACCAUUUUAGAAGGAAGCAAGCACGUGAUUUUGGUUUUACUUGGCUUGCUGAAGCUAAGUUCAUUUCAGCUGUUUUUUCAAAGAAAGGUGAAUCUCACAAAAGUAAACAAAUCGAGUAUCUCUUUCCUACGAAUAAAUGCUUUAAAAUCCUGCAAUUUUGCCUAAGAAUUCGGAUUCUACAAAAGUUUAAAUCUUACACAGAAAGAAAAGAUGAAACCUACACGACAUGUAAAUCGAUAGUACUAUGAAAUAGACAUCAGUUGAAACGAAAAUCUGAUUUAAAACCACGAUUGAUGUAAAAUUACAUUGAGAUUCGUUUAGUUUUUCAUUGAACAAGACUGUAUAUUUACAAACCGCUUAGUUUUGUAAUGUAACUUUACAUUCAAUUGCCUGCUCCAAAUAUGUGCAUGAAAAUAAAUGUAAAUUCACAAAAUAUUUUUAUCUGUAUAGUAUAAUACAAAGUGAAAUAGUGAAUAAAAUUGCAUACCUUUUGAAGAUAAACCAACAAUUUAUCGAUUUAUCAAAAAUUGUUUUUAUGAUAUACGAUGAUUUCUAAAUAGGAAUUGAAACCAGAAUCGAAACAUUCAUCGAUGUUUUUCUCCAUUUGCUGUCAAUGUUAGAUUCGCUUUUCUUUGAAAAACGGCUGAUUUCUCUAAUCCUAUAACACGCUUUUUGAACAUAAGAGCAAAUUCAGCAGCUGCAAGAUUCAUAUGGGUGGUCUAUAAUGUAAAUGAAACUGAAACAAACGUAUCCCCAGCAAUCCGUUUUGGUUUUAUCUAUUCGCCCAGUUCUACUGUCAAAUUUAAAACUAGUAUACACUGCCAUUCUAUUUUUUCUAUAUUUGAAACACAGAUAAAACGCUGCUGGGGCUGCCAGUUUAUUUUGUUAUAAUUUCUAGAUUUAAAUUUUAAAACUGACAUAAAUUAUGCAUCUAGAACUAGAACACUCCUGAAUAUGCCCUAACUCAUGGUUUGAGUUGCGAUUACUAAAAUUCAUAAACUGGAACAAUAUGUAAAAUUUUGAGUAUGGAUUUGAGUAAAAUUUACUCAGGCCAUGAGUUUUCUCGUAUUUAUUCAUACAUCGGAGCAAGCGUUGAAUUUUAAAACAUUUGAGUGAAAAAAAUACUUGUUGCAGUGCGUUUUCAUUCUCGGAAUAUUCUUACCGAAUUUAAGAAUGCAAGAAUACGUUGUUUUUCAUUGCCGUUCCUAGAUUCGGUUUUUGAAACCAUGAAUCAUAAUGUUUUCAAUAGAUUUUUUUGGUUUCUAUUAUGCUAAGUGAAAAGUCCAACAUAAGGGCAUAUUCAGUAGUGUUUUAGUUCUAGAUGCAUAAUUUAUGCCAGUUACAAAAUUUAAAUCUGGAUUUUAUAACAAGAAAAACUGGCAGCCCCAGCAGUGUUUUAAGUACUAUUUAGACGGUCCGGCUUCUUCCGUCACCGUCACCGGAACGUCAUCGUCCGUCACCGUCAUUCUGAUUCUCACGAUCCGGUUUCCUAUCCGUGUCCGUCAUCUCAUUUUCUUACACGCAGAAUUUGAAGAAUUUAGUUUCGCACAAUUUUAUUCCACUAAUACAAAAUCUGGGAGCUUUUGAAGCCAAUCGAUCUGUUGUUUUCUACCUUUUAAUCGAAUAAAUAACUUUCAAAAUUAACUAGAAAGAGAAAAAAACAAAACAAUUAGUUCCACUCAACAACGUAACGUUCUUUGCAAAUCUACUAAUAAGUUUAAUUACUUAUAUGUGGUAUAUUUCGUUUAAGAGUGCGAUCUUGACCGAGUACAUAUACAUAACAAACGUCAGCUCAAUACCGUAAUCAUAUGAAUCGUGCAUGUGUGCGAUAAUCACAGUCCGUCAAAUAUUCUUUCGGAGAAAUGUUGACGGAGCUUGCCGUUGACGGACGUUGACGUUCCGGAUCUCUGCUGGAUCGUGUGAAUGCGCAAAGGGAAAACUCAUUUGACUAAUUUUGACGGAGGCUGACGUUCCGGUGACGGUGACGGAAGAAGCCGGAUCGUCUGAAUCGUACAUUACUCGUGUUUCAAAUAUACAACAAAUAGAACGGCAUCGUUGACCAGUUUUAAAUUUGACAGAAAAAUUGGUCGAAGAGAAAAAACUAGAACGGUUUGCUGGGGAUACGUUUGUUUCAGUUUCUGCUCUAUUAUAGAUCUUUCAUAUAAAACUUCUAGCUGCUGAAUUUGCUCUAAGGAUAUCAAAUUUAACUCGAUUCAAACCAGUCAAAAGGGAACGGUUUUGAAUCACUUUUUUGUGCUUCCUCUUCAAAAGAAAGAAGAAUGAUUUUGUGUAUAAACAUUAACGAAUAAGAAUUCCUUUAUUUUGAAUGCAAGGAAUUGAAAUUUGAAGUUAAACUCACUCAAUUUAAAAAAAAAAAUGUUUUGCCUUUCUCAUAUAGAAAGGUUAUGCAAUCACCGACUUUUGAACCGAGGCCCGGAGGGCCGAGUGUCAUACUCCAUUCGACUUAGUUCGUCGAGUACGCAAAAUGGUUGUGUGUGUGUGUAUGUGACGUUUUUUUGCACUUUUCUCGGAGAUGGCUGAACCGAUUUUCACAAACUUCACAAAUUCACAAAUGAAAGGUCUUGUAGUCUCAUACAAAAUUCCUGAAUAUUGUUUGGAUCCGACUUCCGGUACCGGAGUUAUGGGGUAUAUUGUGCAAAAAAAGUACGGGUGUGUAAUGUCAGAGACAUAACUGGAUGUCGUGAAUACGAAUAUGACACGCUUUAUUUAUGCUUCCGAAUUCGAAUUGGUAGUUGAUCGAUUGUUUGAAUUGUGCAAGCUUUCCUCUCUUCCAUUACUAGAAAUUUAAACGAUGCGCCUAGACUAAAUUAUAAAUUAGUUACAUUAAACAUUCUGAAACGCAAUUAAAUAUUAUGAAAUAAGCAGUAUAGUUCUUUAUAAUAAAAAAAUGGUGGCUCUGAAAAGAACUUUUUAUGAAAGCGUUCGUGAUGAAGAGUGACGAGUUGAGCUAGUUCAGCACGCAGACUCUGAACUCUAAACCCAUAUUCCAGAACUAAGCUCUGAAACUUGAAGACGAUUUUUCGCCAUGACUACCAGAAUGGGUUGCAUAGAGUACAGUAAAGUAAAUUUCCUCAUAAUUCUUGAGGAGUAUUAUUAUGGUUAUAAAAAAAAUCGAAUAGAAGAAGUCUGGAAUAAAGAACUGGAUCCUGAGUUCAAGAACUAAAUUUAGUACCAAUAACAAACUCAGAAUCCAGUUUCAAUAACUGCAAUUUCGAAACUCAAAUUAGUUCCGGAAUACAGUUCCAGAAUCCAGUUUCAGCUCGCAGGCUCUGAAUUCUAAACCUCGUUACAACUACCGAAAAGCAAAUGAGAGUUGCGACCUGAGCGUUUGAGGUUUUAACCACGCAGAAAGUGCUCUCUUCGUCACUGCUGGUUGAAGUUUUAACUCCCACGACGUCUGCUACCAUCGAACGCACGAAAAGAAAUGAUCGAUUUUCACCACGGUUCCCCUUUUAUACGCAUUCAGUUGAGUAUAUGUGCCUGACUACCUCAAAAUCGUCGUCCUUGCGCGAAAAACCCAAGCGAAAGUAUAGAGUUUCCCACAUUAUUUUAAAAUUUUGAGAAAGCUUAAUUUUUGAGUUGUUUGUGGUUAUUUCACAAUGUUCAAAAUAUUAUCCUAAAUUCCUGAUCAUAUUUUUGAUGAAAUGGUGAAAGAAUUAUGUUGCUACCAUUAAUACCAGUCGAGAUAUUCACGAUUAAGUUCUGCCCAUUCUUCCAUAUGACUAAUUUUGAAAAGGCACCCCAUAGUAAAGUAAGUCGUAUUCACGACAAAAUGAAAAUAUGUUUUCUAGCUUUUCUCAUAGAUGGCGCGACCGAUUUUCAUAAACUUAGGUUCAAAUGAAAGGUACUGUGGUCCCAUACGUAAUACCUGAAUUUCAUCUGGAUCCGACUUCGGGAUCCGGAAAUAUAAGGUAAAGUGUGUUAAAACCACGUUGAAACUAGGUUCGAAACUGGCUUCAAACAAAUGGUUUGACAGCGCAGUUAGGGUGGAAAGGUUUGGCAUCAAGCGAAAGUGACAUUAGUGAGGUUAUGUCAGGAAUAUCUGUUACUAUAAUCUUGUACUAAAAUGCACAGAAACAAAGCAACAUGUUCUCUUCCAUUGGGGUCAAAAAAUUGAAUGACUAGCCUUGCUCUAACAACGUGUGGUGGUAUGUGACAGAUGGAAACGAUGUAGAUCUAGGCGCUUCAAUAGGGCACAUGAACCCUUUUCUCAAUGCCUAUAAAUUAAGUUUGCAUUACAGUUUUUCGAUUACCGAGCGUCCGGAUGAAAUGAAAUCAUGUACUUCCUGGGUUAGGAUAUUAUUAUCAUUUUUGUUAACUUUCAAACUAACAUUCGGCACACUAGGCUUGGUUGCCAGUUUUUAUUAGGUUUUCUUUUUAUCGUCGAGCAUCUUAACAAUAAAGAAAACAACCAAAGGUGAACUGAAAAUGAUAGUUGUAUUCUUACUUUGGAAUUGUAAUUGCAUUGUUUACUUACGUAUAGCGUACACCGCCGUUUCUUCUAAGUUUCUAAUUAUUUUUACUUUUUGUUUUGUGAGAUACCACUCGGUUUUUCUUUGGACAAUAGGACUGUGUUAAUGCGGAUUGUAUAGUUCACCUAAUAUAGAGGAGAAUAAGGCUAAUCAGUAAUCAGAAACGUUGUUACACGCGGGAAUAUGAUAGUAGUGUACAGCUCGAGUAAACAUUGUGUACAUUUUGUAGGGAUAGAAAAUCGUAUGUGCUAAGCUAGAGGGGUUUCCCCAUCCGUACCGUGCGGGUGGAGACGAACGGGACUAGUUUGUAAAUUGUAAGGAGAUGAGAGAAAAUAUUUAUAUCGACUGAUUUUGCUGAUAAUUUCAAACGUGUUUCCUUUCACUGUCAUUCUGUUCGGCAGCUUCGCACGAACGGCACACGUGGCUGCCAUCCAAAGCAUACCGUAGCAAAUCGAAACCUAGUUAAUUUUAUUUUUCCUUCUCGAGACAAGCAGGAGGAUGUAACGAAAUUUCAUUACCAUUACAAACUAACUGCAUUACACAAAUUACUCGUAGCACCGCUAGUGAAAAUCAACUACACAUACUAAAAGAAAAAAAAACACACACACACACAUUGUACAUUCAUACAUUUUUAUACUUACAUUGUGCAUUAUAUCACACGACGAAAAAUCUCUUUAUAGUAAAACUAAAUCAGUUCCACGUACCACAGGAAGCGCGAAAGGCAACCAAAAAAAAAAAGAAAUGAAAAAGCAAGCGCAUUGGAGCUGUAGUAAGACACCAACUUAGAAAAUACGCCAAAUCACAGCUGUUUCGUUAGAAAUAAAUGGAAGCUUGUGAGAGCUAAACAAAACGCAAAACGAUCAGAAAAGAUUAUUUAGGGACAAUUCGGGGGGCAAUCCAAAAUGGAGCAAUGCUGCAGAAAACACACUAGACAAAACGAAUGGUAAGACCAACAAUUUAAUUUAUUAAAGUUUUAUUUAAAAAUAAACUAAAAUUGAGGAUGAAGACAAUGAAACUGGACAAUGUUUUCCUGUACAUAGUAACUGAUAGUGCUAAUAAAUAACUAGUGGAAUGAGAUAAACAAAAAAUAAAAGAAACAAUAUGUUUAAGUAACGCGAAACGUUAAAAAAGAAUAUGGGCGGAUGGUGGAGUAGUAUGAACAUAGAAUUAUAACUAAUGGACAGAAGUAAAUUAAUUAAAUUAAUGACUAAAUACUAGUGGCUAAGGUAAGAUAAUAAAACAAAAACCCUAAGUAAGGAACAUUGAUAAGUAAUAAAAAAAAGAAAGAAAAAUGCUACCAGCAAACAAAAAACGGAAAUUAGCAAAACAAAAUAUUGCAAAAAGAAAAUCCCUUUAGAAAGGUGUACAGCGGCAAUGAAAAAUAGCUGUUAUGGUUCUGUUUUUGGUUUGAAACUCAGACGGCAAGGAAUAAAACGAGCAAAAAAGCUUGGCAAAUACCAAAAAAAAAAGAGUAAAAAACAUGAAACGAAAAAAAAACAAAACAUCUCCGGUAUCGUUCUCAGCAAACCAUUAUGAAACUGCAUUCACAGCCACACACACAGUAACAAGUCUGACACAGUACUCUCCUCUUGCGGAGACUAGCCAGAAUUCCGUCGGGAGGGGGUUUUAACAAGUGACUGGAUUAGAUAAAUUUGUCAUACCACUACUACUAAUGGAAACAACACACGGUAUAUUCAAGCAGCAAAGAACUGAGUUAAAUAGACACACAUAGACAUACAUACACUGUCACACUCACACACACACACACACACACACACACACACACACACACACACACACACACACACACACACACACACACACACACACACACACACACACACACGUACAGGUUAGUACAUCUACAGUACACACUAACAAAUACACGCCCUAGCGACUAAUAGCGACACAUGACGAAGGGAGCUGUCUCCUUAUGGAACAAAUAAUAAAGAAAGGAUGCAUUCUAUUCUUUAAUCAUUAAUCGAAGUAAUAGAAACAAUGAGUAAUGCAACCUAAAAUAAUAUAUUUAUACACCUAAGACGCAACCAGAACGCGAACAGGAUAAACUGAGUGCAGCAAACAAGCGGUAAAUUCGGAUUGAGACAUUAGAAAUCAAUAAUAUGGCAAACCAAAAAAAAAACAAGACAUUUGUAUAAAAAAAGUCAUAAAAAAUACAAAAAUAAAUCACAUAAAAUUAGAGAGCAAAAAUUAAUAAAGAAAAAAAACCUAUAGACAAAAUGGCAUAUUGUUGAUUUUGUGCUGGUGACCGCGUGUGGGGAAUGGGGGGAAGGAUAAAACACAUUUAGGAGUGCUGUAACCGAAAAGUAGCAAUAAGUAGCGUGGCAGGAAACUGAUAAGGAUAAUAGGCGCUAGGAAGAAUGGGAUAAUGGAAGAACGCGAAUAACGGUGAAACCAAUACGCUGUAGAAUCGAAACGACGAGCGAAAUAGUGUGUAGAGGGGUGAUACGCUAGUGCGAUUAGCAAGAAGCGCGUACAUGGAAAAACCACAAAAAAAAACCGAAAUGAAUAAAGUGUAUUACAAGUAAAUGAAUGCGAGAAAGUAACAAUUGAAA